UAAUUUAAUAAUAAAAAAGUUUAAAAAAUGUCGCAAAAACCGACAAUUUGCUUUGACAUAUCUAAAAAUGAACGUUUUCAAAUAACGGACAACUACAAAAUGUUGCAUCGCAAGCUAAAGGCCAACUGGAAUGUGGAACAAAACGAAGUUGAGCUAAACAAUGAGUGCUUGGCGCGCACUAAGAUUUUCGUAUUGGCUGGACCUCAGGACCGCUUCACCGAGGAGGAGUUCGAGGUGCUCAAGGAUUAUGUGGAGCAAUCGGGCGGCAGCUUGUUGGUGCUGCUCGGCGAAGGAGGCGAACAGGAGUUCAAUACGAAUGUCAACUUCUUCUUGGAACAGUACGGCAUCUACAUCAACAGCGAUAACGUGGUGCGUCCGCAUUACUACAAAAAUUUCCAUCCCAAGGAGUGCAUCGUGGGCGGCGGCGUCGUCUGCGAGUCCAUGUGGCGCCAAUUGCUGAAACGAGACAUCGAGAAGGUGGACUACGACUUCAGCGAUGAGAAGUACAAGAUACACUUUCAAUAUCCCUACGGUGCUACGCUGAAUGUUUCCGAGCCGGCCAACGUGCUGUUGACCACGGGACCUGUCGUGUAUCCCUUCAAUCGCCCCUUGGCUGGCUACUAUAGCAAUGCCAAAGGGGGCAAGAUAUUGGCCCUGGGCUCAGGAUACAUAUGGCACGACAAGUAUUUGCAGGACAAAACGAACGAUGCCAUGCUGGAGUAUGUGGUCCAGCUAUUGGGCACCGAUGAGAUAAACUAUACGCACUUGGAUUUCAAUGACGUGGAGCUAAACGACAAUAAACACUUCACGGACCUGGCCUUUCUGUCCGAUAUGCCCAAGGCCUGUUUGAUCGACUCCAUUGGCACGGAGAUGCCCUCGGACUUUAAGCAAAUGUUCGACAUGUCGCUCUGCUCGCUGAGCAAUCGACUGCUGAAGGAUGUGAUCGACACCUACACGCAGCUGCAUGUGAACUACGAGCCGCUUCGCAUAAUUAAACCGCAAUUUGAAAUACCUUUGCCACCGCUGCAAUUGGCCACUUUUCCGCCAAUUUUCAGUGAGCCACCGGCGCCGCCCCUCGAGCUGUUCGACCUGGACGAGACCUUCAGUCCGGCUCGCUCGCAGCUAGCUCAGAUAACUGGGCAGUGCUUGCAGGCGCUGCGCUCCAAAGAGCCAGCUCGGCGAGCGCCCAAUCAGCGCGAGCUGGAGAACUAUGUGAAGGAGUGUGCACGCAUCACGGCCAUCAUCAGGGAACAGCAGGAGAUGCCCGCCCGUGAAAUACUCAACAUUGUGGCACGCCAGAUCACCAGCUAUGCCCCCUAUGCUGAGGACUAAAGCCCCCAGCAGGUGAUCCAAUUACAAUUAUUAGCCAACAAUGCGAAUUCCAUGCAACCUCUAGCUAUCUUUUAUCUUCAAUACCCUUUAAAAGUGUAUUGCGACAGUGUCGAGCUAUGUGCGUC